AUGAUUUUGUGCUGCAAAAAAAGUUCUGGUGAUCCUAUAGCAAAUGCAAUUUAUAAACUUAAACCAUUUUAUCAAUUAUGUGUUAUUUUAUGCGGUGCAAUUCUAAUUCAUCUAACACUUGGAACAUUUAUCACAUUUGGAAAUAUGUUGCCAUACAUGGCUUCUUAUAUGCGAAAUCAUACUGAUCCAAAUAUUCGAUCAGAAGAUAUGAUGUGGAUUCCAACGUUUCAGGGUUCUUUUCCAUUUUCGAUGCUUAUUGGUGGUAUUACUUCGACUAAAUUUGGCCCAAGAAUAUCAGCAUUUAUUGGGUGUUUUCUAGUAACGUUAGUUUACUUCUUGAUUUUUUUAAAAAUGGAAUCUGAAUAUUUUUCAGUCUGAGUGUUGCUUUAUCAGCAUAUACAAUUCAACAUUCAUUUUUUGCAUUUUUCGUGUCUUACGGUAUCAUUUUUGGAAUUGGAAAUGGGAUUGCAUAUGUGUCUUCAGUAUCAGCCGCAAUUAAUGUGAACUCUUUUUUUUUUUGAAAAAAAAAUCUAAACCCUUUUGAAAUUUUCAGUGGGCACCUGAGAAAGUUGGAAUAGUUUCUGGAAUUGUUUCCGCUGGAUUUGGUCUCUCAUCAUCAAUUUUUGCUCCAAUACAAACAUGGCUUGUGAAUCCCAAAAAUUUAGCGCCAAUAGAGGAAGGGUAAUGUUUUUUCUGAUUGAAAAACUAUGUAGUUCCAAAAACAAAAAUCAAUAUUUUAAAGAUAUUUCGAAGAAGCUGAAUUACUUGAAAGAGUUCCUGGUGUAUUUAUAAAAUUGGCAAUAAUUUAUGGAAUAAUGCAACUAAUUGCGUUGAUUGUUGUUUGCGAUCCACCAUUUAGAGUGAGUUUCAAAUGGAAUUUGUUGAGGCUUAAUUCACCUAGAGAGUUUUAUGAUUUCAGAGAUCUGCAUCUAAUGAAUCUUUGACAGAUGAAAAUGAUUCAGAAGAUGGGAACAAUCCCUUCAAUGGUAAAUUUUGCAAAAAAAUUCGAAAUUUUUGAAACUUGUUUUCAGAAAAUUCAGAAGAUGUUCCUCCCCAAUUAACCUCAUUAGAAAUGCUAAAAUCAUCAACAUUUUAUUGUUUAUUUCUCACCUGUUUUUGUAGCUCAUUUUAUGCCAACAUGUAUUGGAAUUUGUAUAAGGUAAUUCCAUUAUUUUUUUUUCUACAGUAACCAAUUUUGUCUAGGUUUAUGCUGAAAGUUUCAUCCAAGACGAUUUCUUUAUUGCAAUGGCAUUUUCAAUUUCUUCAAUAGCAAAUGCAAUCGCAAGAAUUUGUUGGGGAAUUCUAACAGAUCGAACAAGUUUUCAAACAGCUUUUUCAAUCUCAACUUGGGUUGCGACAUUAUUCAUUAUAACAAUGCCUUUCGUUCAAUUGGAUAAAUAUUUUGAUUUUGGUAAAAAUACAGUCGAAUUGGCGAAAUAUGUAUAUUUGAUAUGGUUAUGUGUAACAUUUAUCUGUUUGGCUGCAACUCGAGCUCUUUUCAUUAAUGCAAUUGUCAAAUGUUUUGGAACUAAACAUCAAGCGAAGAAUUAUGGAAUUUUGACGUUAGCAUCGGUAAGAUUUUUCAGAAUAUCUUACAAAAAUUUCUGUAAAUAUUUCAGACUAUCAGUGGAUUAGUUCUUUCUGGUAUCUCUCAAUUCUUUCUCAAAAUGAUUGGAUUCACUUAUCUUUUUAUGAUAACUGCAAUAUUCCCAUUUGUUGCGUUUGUCACAAUUUCAUUUAUUCAAAAGACACCACAAGGAAACCGAAUUGUUUGA